AUGUGAGAUUUAUAUAUUUUGAAUGAAACCUUUACUAACGGUUUAAAUCACGGUUUAUUAUUUUUUGCCUCACUAGCUUCUAUAUUUUGUGGUAUUUUUGUUAUUGUUAGCAAAAAUCCUAUAGUUUCAGUCUUAUUUUUAAUAGGACUAUUUUUAAAUAUAGCAGGUUAUCUAAUGUUGUUAGGAAUAAAUUUUAUAGGUUUAUCUUACUUAUUAGUAUACGUGGGAGCAGUAUCUAUUUUAUUUUUAUUUAUCCUAAUGUUAAUUAAUGUAAGAAUAUCUGAACUUACUACUGAUAAUAGUAACAGUAUUCCAUUAGCUAUAAUGACUGGGAUUUAUUUCAAUGUAACACUAUCCGAACUGUUACCUACAGAUAUAAGUCGAAUAUUAAAGGCACAUAAAGAUUACAAGCCGGAAGUCUUAAAUAGUAUACCUUUUUUGACUGAUAACACUACUAUAAGUCUAAAGGAUUUAAGUACUUUAAGUUCGAACAAUUACAUAUCAUUUGUUAGUUCACAUUUAUGGGACGGUGCCUUGUCUGAAACAUCUCACAUUUCAAGUAUUGGUAAUAUUAUAUACACUAGUUACCCAUUAUGAUUAAUAAUAACAUCCAUAAUUUUAUUACUAGCUAUGGUAGGAGCUAUCGUUAUAACGAUUAAGCAAAAAGAAUAUAGAUUAAGAGGAGGUAGUGAAAAUGUUGCAAUGUAAUAUAAUAUAAUGAAAAUGGAAAUGCUUAUAAACUUAAUAUAUACUAUA